CGCCCAGAGACACUCCUCCGAGGGGAGCCCCCUUAUAAAGGUGCCUCCAAGCCCUGGCCGCCCAGGAGCCCCGGCUGCCCGACUCGGAGCGCAUCAUGAGCGCCGCCCUGGCCUCCGUCUCCUGCGCCUUUGCCUUGGGGCUCCUCCUGGCUUCAGCCGCCGCCCAGCGCGCCCACACCCCCAAGCAGCAGCAGCAGCAGCAGCAGCCAAGGGCCAGGUCCUUUAAAUGUGGUGGAAUUCUUACAGGAGCAUCAGGAUUUAUUGGGAGUGAAGGGUUUCCAGGACUCUACCCCCCAAACACCAAAUGUACUUGGAAGAUCACAGUUCCAGAAGGAAAAGUAGUUCUCCUUUCUUUUAGAUUUAUAGACUUGGAAAGUGACAACCUUUGCAGAUACGAUUUUGUGGAUGUUUACAGUGGACACACAAAUGGCCAGCGACUUGGCAGGUUCUGUGGCACGCUAAAACCUGGUGCGCUUGUGGCCAACAGCAACAAAAUGUUGGUACAAAUGGUUUCAGAUGCCAAUACAGCUGGAAAUGGCUUCGUGGCAAAAUUUUCUGCAACAGUUCCACAUCACAGAGGAGAUCAGUACUGUGGUGGAAGACUAGAUAAGCCUUCUGGAUCCUUUAAAACACCUAACUGGCCUGACCGCGAUUACCCAGCAGGAGUAACCUGUUCAUGGCAUAUUGUGGCUCCAAAGAAUCAGCUAAUAGAGUUAAAGUUUGAAAAAUUUGAUGUGGAGAGAGAUAACUACUGCAGAUAUGACUAUGUGACCGUCUUUAAUGGUGGAGAAAUUAAUGAUGCUAGGAGAAUUGGAAAAUACUGUGGAGACAGUCCACCAGCGCCUAUUACCUCUGAGAGAAAUGAGCUGCUUGUUCAGUUUUUUUCGGAUUUAAGUUUAACUGCUGAUGGCUUUAUUGGGCACUACAAAUUCAGACCCAAGAAAUUACCCACAACCGCAUCACCAGCCACCACCACGCUGUCUCCUGCCACCACAACUUUGAAGCCUACAGUUGCCCUGUGCCAGCAAAAAUGCAAGAGGACUGGAACUCUUGAGAGCAAUUACUGUUCAAGUAACUUUGUAAUAACUGGAUCUGUUAUCACAACUAACAUCAAAGGUGGAAGCUUACAUGCCACAAUAGCAAUUAUUAAUGUAUAUAAAGAAGGAAAUUUAGCAAUCCAGCAAGCAGGCAAAAAUCUGAGUGCCAAAAUUACUGUUGUCUGUAAACAAUGUCCUCUUAUCAGAAGAGGUUUAAAUUAUGUUAUUAUGGGCCAAGUAGAAGAAGAUGGAAAAGGUAAAAUUCUGCCCAGCAGCUUUACUAUGACAUUCAAGACAAAGAACCAAAAGAUCUUGAAUAUCUUAAAAAAUAAACAAUGCUGAAAUGUAGUAUUUUCCAACUGUGCCUGGCCAUCUUUUUUCAAAAAGAUUCUUUAUACAAACAAAACUGAAGAAAUACGUUUCUGAGAAGGCAAUGUACCCACUGGAGUUUUCUAGCCAUGCGACUCCCAUUGCCAAAAGACAAAUACCUGAAUGCCAAUUUUAUAUUUCAAAAUGUUCCGUUAUGCCAGUAAUCAUGAAAAAUAUCAGAUAUUACAUUAAGCUCUUAAUUUAUACUUGUCUCAGGAGGAUUUUUUUUUUAAAAAACUGACUCAUGUGGUAAUACAAGUGCAAUAUUUAUAUUUGUUUUUAGUGUUCUUGAUUCAUUACCUUAUCGCUACACUUAUUCAAAACUUCUAGAGAACGCAUAAUGUAACUAGUUAUGUAGCAAGAAUUAAGAGGCAUUAAAACAGAAAUAACAUCAGUGUUACCGCAUACUGUUUCAGAUUUUAUAACAAUCUUCUGCUUUGCUUUAGUUCAAUAUUAUUCUUACUCUACUGAGAGGUAACAAUAAAUAAGAGUGCUUUGUUUGUUUGUUCUUUUGUUUUGGUGUCAGGAGCGACUUGAGAAACUGCAAGUUGCUUCUGGUGUGAGAGAAUUGGCCAUCUACAAGGAUGUUGCCCAGGGAACGCCCAGAUGUUUUACCAUUCCGUGGGAGACUUCUCUCAUGAAAAGCUAGAGUUGACAGAUAGGAGCUCACCCUGGAUACAAACCACCGACCUUUCAGCCAGCAGUCCUGCUGGCACAAGGGUUUAACCCAUUGUGCUACCGGGGGCUCCUUAAAUAAGAGUGUAAAGGAUAUAGAGUAUAUAGAGUGGAGACACUGACUAUUACAUGAGUUGCAUAAUUUCUUUCUCACCAUUUUUUUAGAUUUAAGGGCUAUUCACACAAACAUACAUGUCUGCACUUCAAUGCAAUAUGCAACUACUUACUUAAAGGUCAUGACAGAAAGACUAUGGCUUACAAACAAUAAUUCUGGGAAUAGCUGGAAGAUUUUUUUUAUCCCAAUCCUAGUUCUCUCUCCUUUGAGCCUUCUCAGACCACACUUUCAUUUAACAUCAAUUCAAAGCCAAUUCUAGAGUUUUGGAGAAUUCUAGGUUGUGAAAAUCCCAGACUUAUUUGCAGAGCAUUCAGUUCAAUAAGAUUUACAAGAUGGUUAGAACUUUGGGCAAGCUGGAUUUUUUAUCAGAAUCUUCAUAAUAUUUAAGAGGUAAUAAAAAUGUUUCCUGUAAGUAAACCAUUGUAGAGAAGAUUUGGUUUGUUUCAAUGGGUAAUGUCAUCAAAACGAGGAAGAGGAACCAAAGCCACCUGAGUUAUCAUGUAACUGCAGGUGACUAUAUGUAUUUUAUAUAGAAUUGUAGAGUUGGAAGAGACCUCGUGGGCCAUCAAGUCCAACCCCCUGCCAAGAAGCAGGAAAAUCACAUUCAAAGCACCCCUGACAGAUGGUCAUCCAGCCUCUGUUUAAAAACCUCCAAAGGAGGAGCCUCCACCACACUCCGAGGCAGAGAGUUCCACUGUUGAACAGCUCUCACAGUUAAGAAGUUCUUCCUAAUGUUCAGGUGGACUUUCCUUUCCUGUAGUUUGAGGCUAUUGUUCCAAGUCCUAGUCUUCAGGGCAGCAGAAAACAAGCCUGCUCCCUCCUCUCUAUGACUUCCCCUCACAUAUUUAUACAUGGCCAUCAUUUCUCUUCUCAGUCUUCUCUUCUGCAGGCUAAGCAUGCCCAGCUAAUUAAGCCGCCUUGUGAUAGGGCUUGUUCUCCAGACCCUUGAUUGUUUUAGUCACCCUCCUCUGGACACAUUCUAGCUUGUCUACAUCUCCCUUAAAUUGUGAUGCCCAGAAUUGGACACAGUAUUCCAGGUGUGAUCUGACCAAGGCAGAAUAGAGGGGUAGCAUGACUUCUCUGGAUUUAGAUAUGAUUUACAAUUUUGGACACUCUUGAGAUAGACUCAAAUAAUUUAAAAUGCAUAAAUAAUUUAAAAUGCAUAAACAGGCCAAUGAAUAGGUCUUCAUUUACAUUCCCUUCUGACAGUAAAGUUAAUAAUUUCAGAUCUUAUAGGACUGUUCUAAGAAAGACUAUAAUAAGAAAAACACAGUGAGAAUAAAGGGAUAGAAUUUGGGCAGUUACAGUGAUGGGACUAGAUAUGCAAAGUCCAGGUUCAGAUACCCUUGGAUGUGAAGCUUGCCUGGAUGAUUGAAGAUCAGAGCUUAUUAUGCCUCACAAAUCUCUUAGCUCUCUGGACAAAGAGAAGAUGGAUAUGAAAUAAAUAUUAUAUGUGGCUUGGAGGCAACAGUUCAGAAAUGCUAAUAAAAAUACAUUAUUGAUGUAUUAAUCUGGAAAUUGUACAUGAACAUUUACUUUAGAGAUAUAAUAUCUGCAAGGAUGAACUCCGUGUCAUCAGAUGGUUCAUUAGCGGGAAGUCAUCAAGUGCUGUCAUGCCUUAUUGGAUUCUGAAUUCUGUAUAAAAAAAUUCUGACUCCUGCAGCAAAACAUAUUCUAUCCAAGGCUCCUGCUGAGCUUCUAUUUCACUUGUUUUGAUAUAUUUGUUUCAUUUAUUUUGUCUUGUAGAAAGAUACUGGCAAAGAAUGAAAAUUUCAGAACAUACACAUCUCUUCUGAGAAAAAUCCGAAAUAGAUUAUUUGUAACCAUUCUCUCCCCCCAAAGUUACAAAGUUGCACAAGAUAAACAUACUUGAUAGGAUCUUCAAUUUAUUCAAGAGAUAACAUCGAAAAUACAGAUCUUGUCAUUUAGUUCUGUAAGAAAAAUGAAUGCGCAAGUUUACAGUAUGGCUACACAGUUAAAUGAGAAUGGAAAAUAAGAAAAUAGUACUACAAAAUAAUCUAUAUAUGUUUAACAGGGAGGGUCGCAAAACCAUACAGCUCUAUCUGGUACAUGUGGUAGCAAAAGUAAUGAUAUUCCUGAAUAACAAUAUGCCUUAUCCACUAGGUCCAGGCUUUUCACCAGCUAUUUUAUUUUCUAGUCUUGGAAAUAGCUAUUCUAACAUUUCAACUAAUAAAAUAUAACACGGUAUAAAGCAUUCAUACAAUGUAAACAAAAUCCUGGAUUUCCCUUGUCAUUUCAACAAUGCAACCAACUUCUUUUCUUAUAAAAUAACACUGAGUCACAUAUAUGUCCUAUAAUACACAAAAUAUAUUAGCUUUACAUCCAAAAAUUGCUAUAAUAAAUUUCCUCAAAAGGAGGAAUGUUGACUUAAACCCACCUUUAGUUCAGACACUGUUAUCAAUUACAACUACUUAGAUGACCAGCACCUUUUAGCCUUAAAUUUUGCAAGUUAAUAUUUAAACUAGAUAUUAUCAGUGCCUACAUAUUUACAUCCCAUAAAAUCAAUCCACAGUCUGGAGUGAACCCAAUUGCUCUGCAAGUGGGCACACAGCCGGCUCUCUUUUUUGACUUGGUGAAUGGGGAAUUUACAGAAACUCUGUUCUACUCUGGUGCAGCAGGUGAGUUCAAGGGAUUGGUGUCCAUUGUGCAAUCACUUGUGCAACUAUAAGAUUCAGCAUAAAUGUGGAUUCCCCCCCCC